UGCGGCCGUGCCUUUUCCCGUCUUUUCAACUUGAACACUCAUGAACGGACUCAUGACCGGAGCAAGGCCCGACUCUUUGCAUGCCCCGAACAGGACUGCAAAAAGUCGUUCACGCGCAAGAAUGAUCUGCAGCGUCACCAGAUCUCGAUCCACGGCAUCACCGACAUCUACAGCUGCCAAAAGUGCAACAAGCCCUUCUCCCGCCGAGAUGCCCUUCGCCGACACAUG